AAGUUCCAGCUUCAAGAGGUACUAGAUCUUGCAGUCGGAGAACUCGCUUCAUUUGAUUGUGAAUAUCCUUUCGCCCAGGCUAUUUUUAAGAUGGAAAGACAUGCGCCACGUCAAACCAAUAUAGUCACUGAAAUCUGACGAGAUCAGCUAUAUUGUAUUGGACCAUUUGAGGCAAUGGCAAAGAUGAAAACUUUUCCAUGCACAUUCACAGUCUCUUCAAAAACAUUUCAUUGUUGUCCAUAAAGCCACCUUCUUAUAAACUGGAUCCAAUUUUCACCGCUUCAUCGAGUAUAUGCUCGUUCAAAUUAAAACGUAGUGCUUUUGAUAAUCUGGGCCAGGGGUGCAUUCCUGUUUUCGUGCUUUGGUUCCCGAAUCAAGGAAAUGGCAGACUAGGCGGUCAGUCUUCAAAUAAAAGAAUAGGUGCCACUUCAACACUCUACCGUGAAUUCAGAUGUACCGCAUCGGGUUAUAGCUUGACUUCGCCGAUAUGGAAAAUGACUGAAAUCUUUUCCGACUAUGAGAGCAAUAGCACAGUCUGCUCGUCACAUGCAAGGCCGUCAAGGCACUCUCUUGGUCAAGUUCGUGCCAAGCCUCUAGUUCCUCCCCAUUUUUUGGUUUUCGUGUCCCAGCCACAACGGCAUACCUACAGACAAACAUUUCCUUCAAGAUCUGUAGUCCCAGGCACACUUAUAAACCCAAAUCACAAUGCCAUUCUUGUAGCUAGAACAACUCGCUGCGCGCAAAACUCGGGCCCAAAUAGGAAAGGAUUGCCUGGUCCUCAUACAAACCGCCCAUUUGCAAAUGUCUUCCACAUAUAGAGCCAGCCCCCGUUGCUCAGCAGAGCGCUACC